AUGUUGCUGCGGACAGCUUGGAGGCGGGUGGCUGCGGCCCUGCCGGCGGCUCCGGGGCCGAGGCCCGAGGCGCCCACCCGGGGUCUGCGCCUGCGCGUUGCAGACCAUGCUCCCCAGUCAGCUGUUCCCUCCGAUACAGCCAUUGCUCCGGAGAUGGAGUCAGUGCUGCGACCUCUGUACAUGGAUGUGCAAGCUACAACUCCCCUGGACCCUCGGGUACUUGAUGCCAUGCUCCCUUACCUGGUCAACUACUAUGGGAACCCACACUCCCGGACACAUGCUUAUGGCUGGGAGAGUGAGGCAGCCAUGGAAUGUGCUCGCCAGCAAGUAGCAUCUCUCAUUGGGGCUGAUCCUCGUGAAAUCAUUUUCACUAGCGGUGCUACUGAGUCCAAUAACAUAGCAAUUAAGGGGGUGGCUAGGUUUUAUAGGUCACGGAAAAAGCACUUGAUCACCUCCCAGACAGAACACAAAUGUGUCUUGGACUCUUGCCGUUCACUGGAAGCUGAGGGCUUUAAGGUCACCUACCUCCCAGUGAAGAAGAGUGGGAUCAUUGACCUGAAGGAACUAGAGGCUGCUAUCCAGCCCGAUACCAGCCUGGUCUCAAUCAUGUCUGUGAACAAUGAGAUUGGAGUGAAGCAGCCCAUUUCGGAAAUAGGGCAGAUUUGCAGUUCCAGAAAGGUCUAUUUCCAUACCGAUGCAGCCCAGGCUGUUGGAAAAAUCCCACUUGAUGUCAACGACAUGAAAAUUGAUCUCAUGAGCAUCAGUGGCCAUAAAAUCUAUGGUCCCAAAGGGGUUGGUGCCAUCUACAUUCGCCGCCGGCCCCGUGUGCGUGUGGAGGCCCUGCAGAGUGGAGGGGGGCAGGAGCGGGGUAUGCGGUCUGGGACAGUGCCCACACCCUUGGUGGUGGGCCUGGGGGCAGCCUGUGAAGUGGCACAGCAAGAGAUGGAGUACGACCACAAGCGAAUUUCAAAGUUAGCAGAGAGACUGAUACAAAAGAUUAUGAAGAGCCUUCCAGAUGUUGUGAUGAAUGGGGACCCUGUUCACCAUUACCCAGGUUGUAUCAACCUCUCCUUUGCCUAUGUGGAAGGGGAGAGUCUACUGAUGGCACUAAAGGAUGUGGCCUUAUCUUCGGGGAGUGCGUGCACUUCUGCAUCCCUGGAGCCCUCUUAUGUCCUUCGAGCAAUUGGCACUGAUGAGGAUUUGGCUCACUCUUCUAUCAGGUUUGGCAUUGGCCGUUUCACUACAGAGGAGGAAGUGGACUACACGGUAGAGAAGUGCAUUUACCAUGUGAAGCGUCUUCGCGAAAUGAGCCCUCUCUGGGAGAUGGUGCAGGAUGGCAUUGACCUUAAGAGCAUCAAGUGGUCCCAGCACUAG